CGGCAUUAAACACUUAAGAGCUGUAUAUCAGUUAAGUGACUUACUGACUCGAAUAACAAAGCGAUUGGUCAGUUCAAGUUCCUAAUCGAGUCGCAUCAGAUCGGUCUGCACGAAUAUAACAAAUAAUUGCACAAUCGAAGGAUAUGAUCCCAUAAAGAUGUUUUUUCAAAUAAUUUUUUCCUGUGUUGUUUUGGGUAUUGUUUCAAGUGCUCCUUCCACCCGUGAUUCUUCAACAUGUGGAUAUCAAUCAUGCCACCCACUAAAAGAAGGAUAUAUUAACGUACACAUUGUACCUCACACACAUGAUGACGUUGGUUGGUUAAAAACAGUUGAUCAAUAUUAUUACGGAAGCCGAACCAACAUUCAAAAUGCUGGUGUCCAAUAUAUUUUAGACUCAGUUGUACAGGCUCUAAAAAAAGAUACCAAUAGAAGAUUUAUUUAUGUUGAAACAGCAUUCUUCUGGAAAUGGUGGAUUCAUCAACAUGACACCGUAAAAUCUUUAGUUAGAAAACUUGUUAAAAAUGGACAACUUGAGUUUAUCGGUGGUGCUUGGAGUAUGAAUGAUGAGGCGGCAACACAUUAUCAUUCUAUUGUUGAUCAGUUUACCUGGGGACUAAGAAAAUUAAAUGAAACCUUUGGAGAAUGUGGAAGACCAAAAGUUGGAUGGCAAAUCGAUCCCUUUGGUCACAGCAGGGAAAUGGCUUCCAUAUUUUCACAGUUAGGGUUUGAUGGAGUGCUACUUGGAAGAAUUGAUUACCAAGAAAAAACAGAAAGACUUACUACAAAGACGCCAGAGAUGAUUUGGAGAGGAAGCGACAAUUUAGGUGAUAAGAGUAAUAUAUUUACCAGCGUUUUGUACAACGUUUACGCUCCCCCAAAAGGAUUUUGUUUUGAUAUACUUUGCACUGAUGAUCCAAUUAUUGACGAUAAGAAGAGUCCCGAUUAUAAUGUCGAUGAAAAAAUUGAUAACUUCUUUAGUUACAUUAAAAAUAUGACUGAUGGAUAUACUACUUCUAACGUGCUUGUAACUAUGGGCGAAGACUUCCACUAUCAAGAAGCUAAUGUUUGGUUUAAAAAUCUGGAUCUCCUAAUUAAAUAUGCAAAUGCAAGACAGGCAUCAGGUUCAAAAUACAACCUAAUUUAUUCAACACCCUCUUGUUACGUUAAAGCAAUCAACGAUGAAACAAAAGGAAAGAAAAAUUGGUUGGUCAAAACAGACGACUUUUUCCCAUAUGCAUCAGAUCCACAUGCAUUUUGGACAGGAUAUUUUACUUCAAGACCAACCAUUAAGCGUUUUGAAAGAGAAGGAAAUAACUUUUUACAAGUUUGCAAACAACUUUAUGCCUUGGCCAACUUGGGUCCAGAAGAUUGGGUUGACUUGAAUGCUUUAAGGGAAGCUAUGGGUGUGAUGCAGCAUCACGACGCUGUUACUGGCACCGAAAAGGAACACGUCGCACAUGAUUACGAAAGAAUUUUGGCUAAAGGAAUCGAGGAAUGUGAAAUAAUUACAGCAACUGCGUUAAGUCAACUGAUGACAAGCUCCAGCAAAAAACGUCUAAAUGAUGAUCCUAAACCAGAAAUUCCUUUUAAAUCUUGCUUAUUGACAAAUGUCAGUUCUUGCCCCAUUUCUGAAGUAGAAAAAAAUUUCAUCGUAAAUGUGUAUAAUCCUUUGAGUAGAAAUGUCAGAAAAUUUGUAAGGUUGCCUGUCUUGGGAACCGGCUAUAAAGUUGUGGAUUCAUCAGGUACCCAACUUCGAGUACAACUGAUUCCCAUUGCGUCACCAAUAUUGACCAUCCCGGGCAGAAGAAGUGAAGCUACUGUCGAAUUAGUGUUUUUAGCCGAGGACAUACCGCCUUUAGGUUUCAAAUCAUUCCACAUUUCCAGAAUUGAGGAAAACAACAUUAUCCAGAAGUCACCUGUACAAAGCCAAUAUAAAUUAGGAAAUGCUAUUUUUGACAUAAACAAAGACACUGGCCUAAUUAUUUCCGCAACUAUCAACGGAAUUAACCUUCCACUGUCUCAAGAGUUUCUGUACUACGAAGGAUUUGUGGGCAAUAAUGCUGUAUUCGACAACCGAUCAUCAGGAGCUUACAUAUUUAGACCGCUAGAACAAACUGCGACUAAAGUUAGUGAGAAAGCUAAAAUUGAAGUUUAUCAAGGACCACUUGUUGCCGAAGUACAUCAAAUAUUCAAUGAAUGGGUUAGUCAAAUUAUUCGUAUAUACGCAGAUGAGGACUUUGUGGAAUUCGACUGGCUUGUAGGACCCAUCCCUAUCGAUCAACCACACGGAAAGGAAAUAAUAACCAGAUUUAAAACAAAUUUAGCAAAUAAUGGAGUAUUUUAUACAGACUCAAACGGAAGAGAAAUGUUGAAGAGGGUACUAAACUUUAGGCCGACGUGGAAUUUAGAAUUAGAAGAGCCAGUCUCAGGAAAUUAUUAUCCAAUAACAUCAAAGAUCUUAAUUAGAGACGCUGAUAAAGAUGUGGAAGUAGCAGUUUUGACGGACAGAGCUCAAGGGGGGUCAAGUUUGAAAGAUGGGCAAUUGGAAUUAAUGAUCCACAGAAAUUGCAUGCAUGACGAUGCAUUUGGUGUGGGCGAAGCUUUAAUUGAAGAAGCCUUUGAUAGGGGACUAGUUGCAAGAGGAACCCACUGGCUAGUUUUUGGAAGUUUGUCUAACAGCACUAGUGGAAAAAGUGUAGCUGCUCUUGAAAGAGAUAUUGCCCAAAGAAAAUUGUUGAAUGCGUGGACGUUCUUAGCUCCAACAACUAAAACAUUUGAGGAAGCUCAAAAUAGCUAUAAAUUUGACUUCGCCGGUUUGCAACGUUCUCUUCCUGAUAAUGUUCAAAUUUUAACUUUAGAACCAUGGAAAGGAUUUAGUUUCCUUUUACGUUUGGAACAUGUUUUAGAAAAAGGCGAAGAUCCUACAUUGUCUCAAACAACUACAGUUGACUUAAAGGAACUUUUUACCCCUUUUACAAUUAAUUCAUUGAAAGAAACCACUUUAGGAGCCAACCAAUGGCUUAGUGACAGUGAAAGGCUUACAUUCGAUGCAUCAUCAGAUACUUUGCAUUCAUUGGUAAAGGCUAAAAAAUUAAACACUGUUGAACUGGAAAAAAGAAGGAUAUAUGAGGACAGCGAAUCAGAGGCACCUAAUAACGUUAAGAGGGAUACCAUCACUGAUGACCUGGAUAAUUUGAAAAUUUCAUUGUCACCUAUGCAAAUUCGUACAUUUGUUGUAGAAAUUAAGGAAAUAUAAAUUUUAAUUAAGGAAUAAAUAAUUUUAAAUAA